AAGGUAAGAGAAGUCAGUAACAUUUGGGAAGGGUAAAAAUGUCAGCAAUUUUUAAAUACCAAAGUUUCUGCUGUUCAAAAUACAAUUUCCUAAUGAUAAUGGAGGACGGGGGGUGUUUACCAGUCAGCUGAAAGUUAAUUUGUGUUUUUCUUUCUGUAUUUUUGCAGUUUUGCCUGAGAUUGAACCUUGGCCUAACUUCAAAUAACUCGUAUCGUUGGAAUUUCCAAUAAUAUCAAUAACAUGGCGGAGGAAUCUCUUGACUCCAAGGUGGUUUUGGAACGCAUGGAGUCCCUGCUGGGAAAGGAUGGAGAGCUCCGCAGUCUGGAGGAAGUUCCCCAGAUGUUCAGCUUGAUGAAAGCUUCUACCACGAUGGCCAGCAUGAGUGUCUGCCUCAACGUGCUGCUGCAGACACAAUCUAACGAUAUUCUCCAAAGGUUCAUCAAAGUGGGAGGCUUCCAGCUGCUCUCCUCCUGGCUCACCCACUCUGAAAGCACCAACAACACCCCGCUGCUGCAGCUCAUCCUGCUCACGCUGCAGAAGCUGCCUCUCAAAGUGAAGCACCUCACACAGAACAACGCAGCCAAGUUCGUGAAGCAGCUGAGUAAAAGUGGAGAAACUGAAGAUGUGAGGAAGCUGGCAGGUGCCCUGGUAGAUGGCUGGCUGGCUACCAUCAGCGCCCACUGCGCCUCCAAGCGGAGCAGCAGUAACUCGCCUGGUGAUAAAAAGAGGAAACAAGGGCUGGAGAUGGAGGAUACCAACCCUACCCCUCCUAAAAAGAAGACCCCUGCACCUCAGCUGGGGGAGAAAUCCAUCCUAAAGUGGCCGCAGCUGAAGAGGCCGAGCUCCGGCCCCUCAGACGAUGCACCUCCAGAGAAAAAGCACAAACCUCUAAAUACUCCCUGGAGCUCCAACGAAGGCAUCGAAGCCGAGAUAACUCCAGCCCAACCGGAGGAGCCCAACACGCCCACAAACAACGGCAAGAAGAAAAAAAAGGUCCAGUGGGCUGAGGAGGAGCAGCUCACACAAUUCUUCUAUUUUGAAUUGGAUAGAACAGAGAGAGGUGAGGGAUUUAGAUGGAGAUUUCAAUAUCAUGUGGUCUUAGGAAAUUGGAUAGACAUCCCUUAAAACCCACAGAUAAAGAAAAUAAUCGUAGCAAAUUUUUGCACUAGACUAAAUUUGGUUGGCAUAUGGAGAUACUGUAAUCCAUGUGAGAAAAAAUACACAUGGAGCAACAAAAAUCUGCCUUACUGCUCUCGCAUUGCUUUUUGGCUGAUCACAAACGAUUUAAUUCAACAAGUUACAGAAGUAAUAAUUUGUCCUACAAUAAUAAAUGAUCACAAAACAAUUCUUCUAAAAUUAGAUUUUCCACAGAAUAAAAAUAAAAAGUCUUUCAACUAUUGGAAAGUUUAAAUUGCUUAACGAAUCAACUGGAUUAAAGGUUCCUUAAUUGUCCAAACAGCGUG